AUGUCUCCGAAAAUCGCCAGCGUGGUCUUUGUGAGACACGGUGAGAGCCAGGGCAACGCAAAGAAUGUCUACACGGGCUGGGACGAUACGCCGCUGAGCAUUCGAGGAGAGCAAGAGGCGGUGGAAGCCGGGCUUUGCUUGAAGGCAAAGGGCCUGAAGUUCGAUGUGGUGUUCACGUCGGCGCUUCAGCGCGCGGUUCGCACGGCGGAGAUGGCCAUGCGCGUCUCAAAGAACCAGAAGGCGGAGAUCGAAAAGAGCUGGCGCCUGAAUGCGCGGCACUCGGGGGGCCUGCAGGGCCUCACCCAGGCCGACGCCGUGGACCUCUACGGGGAGUCCAAGGUGACUCUUUGGCGCAGUAGCUACGAUAUCCUCCCGGCCUGUGUCGAGAAAGACGAUCCCCGGCACCCCAUCAACGACCCCACCUACAAAGAUGUGGAUCCUGAGCUGCUGCCACCGGGUGGGGAGUCUCUGGCCUGCACGGUCAAGCGGGUGAUGCCUCACUGGAAGGAGAAGAUCGUGCCGCGCAUCAAGGCUGGCCAGUCAGUCCUGGUUGCUGCGCACAAGAACUCUCUGCGAGCACUAUGGAAGUUUUUGGAGAAUGUACCAGACGAAGAUGCGCUGGACAUUAAGAUGAUGCCGGCGAGCGCCCCCUUGGUGAUGGAAUUUGAGAUUCCUCCCGUUGGGGACGACCUGGUCUUCCUGCGCAAGUACAGCCUGAACGCUCCCACCUUCAACCCCAAGGUCCGGGUAGAUGCUGCGUCGACCAACAAGGUCUUCUUCCUGCGCCAUGCCGAGAGCCUUGGCAACGCCAAGGGCAUUUACGGCGGCUGGGAGGAUGCUGCGUUGAGUCUGAAGGGCGAGCAGCAGGCCACUGAGGCCGGCCUGCUCGUCAAGCAGCAGGGGGUGAAGCUGAACCACGUGUUCACCUCCGUCUUGCAGCGGGCGGUGCGGACCUCCGAGCUGGUGUGCCAGGCCUCGGAGAAUUUGCUGCCGCCCACCAAGUCCUGGCAGCUGAACCCGGGGCAUUCCGGGGUGCUGCAGGGCCUUACUGAGAAGGAGGCCAUCGAGAUGUACGGCGAAGAUAAGGUCAAGUACUGGCGAGGCAGUGAUGAUGUUCUGCCUGAAUGCGUCCAACGGUCGGACCCCCGGCACCCGGCCAACGACCCACUCUACGCGGAGGUUCCUGUGGACCAACUGCCGGGAGGUGAGUCCUUGACCACUACCAUGGCGAGAGUCAAGGCAUAUUGGACCAACAACAUUGUGCCCUUGCUCACCGGCGAGAAGAACAUCCUCGUGGUGGCCCACCGCGACUCCUUGCGGGCGCUCUUCGGGCAUUUGGAAGGCGUGCCGCCCGGGGAGGUGCCGGACGGCACCUCUCAGACGGCGCCCUUGGUCUACGAGUUCGGCAACGACGGCACCUUUGUGAUGAAGUACAGCCUCAGCACCAUGAGCCCUGAGCUGGGGCUGAACCCCGAGCGCUUGGGCUUGAUGCGAUUCCACAACCAGCCAGGGGCCCACCACAGCGAGAAGGUGGGUGAGGUGGUGUUCCUGCGGCACGGGGAAAGCGAGUGCAACCUCAAGGAGCAGUUCACCGGCUGGGAGGACAGCGGGAUGACGGCCAAGGGGGUCGAGCAGGCCAGAAAAGCUGGCAAGUACCUCAAGGCCCAGGGCUACAAGUUCAACGUGGUGUUCACCUCGGUGCUAAGCCGAGCUAUUGAGUCUGCCACCUACAUCUGCGAGGAGUCGGGCAACCAGGAUGUGACGAUGGUGAAGAGCUGGGAGCUGAACGCACGCCACCCGGGCGUGCUCCAGGGCCUGACAAAGCAUCAGGCGAUUACUUUGUACGGAAAGGAGAAGGUGAACAUCUGGAGGGGUAGCUAUGAUGUCAUGCCGGAGUGUGUGGGCAUGGACGAUGCCCGCCAUCCUGCCAACAACCCGUUGUACAGCGACAUCCCCAGGAAGGAGCUGCCUCCUGGGGGGGAAUCCCUGGCACGGACCGUGGAUCGAAUCGUUCCCUACUGGCGCCAGCGCAUUGCGCCACGGAUCGCGGCCGGGGAAACUGUGCUGGUGGUGGGCCACAAGAACUCCCUGAAGGCGCUGUUCAUGUACCUGGAAGAUACUUCCGAGCACGACAUGUUCGACGUAAAGCCGGUCUCUACCACGGCACCACUGGUCAUGGAGUUUGGCAGGUGCAGCUUCAGCGACCGGCUGAUGAUUCUUAAGAAGUAUUUCGUGAAGCAUACCACGGAAGAGGGACUGGCACAAAGCCGGUGUAAAGAUGGCUCCUUCCACAAAUAG